AUGAGUAUGAUAUUCUAGGCAUCGAAUGCUUAACAAAUAUCGCUAAGUAAUUCAAAGGUGAAUAUUUUAUCGAAGAAUAAAUCAGACUCAGAAAUAUUAAUAUUUGAUUCUGAUUGCCUGGUUUUUAGGGAGUACUAAUUAACUAAUGUAAAUAUUUAAAGUGUAGUCUGUGAUCCAAACUUAUAAUUUCUACUUAUGUUUGAAGAAAAAGAACAGGAUAAAUUAACUAAUCUUUAUUCUGCAUAAUUAGAAAAAUCUUUUACUCCUGUCACAAAGAUACAAAUUCCAACUACUCAGUUAAGGUUGGUUGAUUGGUGCAAUAGCAGAAUUUGUGCACUCAUUUUUAAGAAUGACCUAGUGCUAUAUGAUAUUUUUUUAAAUAAAGUCAUCAAGAAAAUAUAAUCAGAUUUCAAUUAAAUCCAGCAAUUUACAAUAUCUAAGAAAUUUGAUUAAAUUCUUUGUGAAUUUCAAUAAAAUAAUCUUAACUCCAUUUGUUUAGUAAUUGCUGUAGAAAAUUAAACAGAAGUCUAAAGGUUUGAUAAUUGUGUCUCCUGCAAAAUAAUAGAAGAAUAAGACAAAAAUUCAUUUCUUUUGAUCCAAAACAAAUCAAAUUAGUUGGUUAUAAUUCUAGCAAAAUUUGAAGAUGGAUUUUAAAUCGAUAAAGAGAUUCAGCAAAAUCUAUUAGAUACUCCUUAAAACAUUAAGAAGGUUGGAUUUAGAAAAAAGAAAAUGGAGCUACUCUUACUUGACUCAUCCUAAACCUUGCAUAUUUAUUCAAUUAACGCAAACUUCUAAAUGCAGUAAAAAAUCAAAAGCAUUCCUAAUAUACUUUAAUUUAACGUUUCUCUUUUAGACGAAAACUUAAUGAUGUUAGACAAUAAAAACCAAUUAUUACUUGAAAAUUUGCCUCCUGAUAUAUAAAUAAGACCCCCAUAUCCAACAUAAUCCUUGACAAUAGCUUCUCAAGUCAAAAAGAGAGCUUUGUAAGGAAUUUUAACUGAUGUAAACAAAGCAUAAUCAACAGAACUCUUGAUAUAGUAAUAUCAGUAAGAUUUUGAGAACUUAAAUCCAAAAUUUACAACCUUAGUAAACCUAAAUGCCUAGUUUAGGUUUUUACCUUUAGUAGAUUAUAGAGUUUUAAACCUUAAUUAUCAGACGAAUUCAAAAUUAAAGGAACUGGUUCCUAAGAUGGAGAAUUACGCUGAAACUCAAAGCGUAAAGAAACAUUUACUUUAAUUGGAAACUGCUAUCAAUGGAGAUAAUCCAAUCUUAUGUGAAGGCAGUGCUGCAUGUGGUAAGACGUCGAUAAUUUAAUAUUUGGCUUAUAAAAAUAAGUAGCCAUUAAUAAUAAUGAAUUUGAGUUCAUUUACGUAAAUUUCUGAUUUUAUUGGCAAAGUUGAAAUUCUACCAGGAUUUAAAUUUGAAUUCUAACCAGGCCCUUUCGCCUAAGCUGUAUAAGAGGGUUCAUGGAUCCUUUUAGACGAGGCAAAUUUAGCGAGUGAUUCAAUACUAAGAGUUAUUGAAGAUGUUCUUGAGCUUGGAUAUAUCACUUUAUAUGGCAGUUCGAUAAAUUCUCAUGUAGAUUAAAUAGACGGAACUUUAAUAAUAAAGAAACAUUAAAAUUUUAAACUCUUUUUAACCUAAAAUCCAGCAACUGAUUCAAAGUUUGCAGCAUCUAGAAAUAUCUUUUCUCCAUCUUUGAUGAGCCAAUUCAUUCCAAUAAAGUUUGAGUCCAUGAGUAUGAAUGAUUUAAAUUUCAUUGUUGACUAAAUUUUAGUCUCAAAGUUACAAGAAAUGAAGUAAUAGCCAGAGCAAAAGAUAUCUAUUUAAUAAUUAUCCUUUCUGAUUAUGAUGAUUUAUGAAGAAAUUAAAUUGAAAAAUAUGGAUGAUGGACUCUUUACCUUAAGAGAUAUAGUUUAAAUUAUUGAUUUCAUUUUUGUUUCAUUUGAAUAAGACAGGGACAAAAUAUUUGAAUUAUUGCCUCUAAAAGAUUGUAUGAAAUUAAUAUCAACAUAAUUCAUUUAUUUAAAAAAGAAUCGUGAUCUUAUAAAUUAUCAAAUAGAUCAAAACAAAUUUAUAGCUGAUACAAAUGAUGCAUUUGAUUAAACAAAAUCUUAGAGGGAUACUGAAAUUAUGAAUUGGAACAAUACGAAUGAGUUAAAGGUUCUCUCAUUUCAUGAAACAUUAUUUUCAAUGUUGACCUUAUGCUACAAAACAAAGAGAGCAGCAUUAGUAGUGGGAUAAUAAUUUUGUGGAAAAUUAUCAAGCAUUCUUCUUUGGUUAAAAUUUCAGAAGAUAGAUAAAUAUGAAAUACUGGAAUUAUCCUCUAGUACAAAUGCGGAAGAUUUAUUUGGAAAGUAUCAACCUACUUAGAAUGGAUUUGAAUUCAUUAUAGGACCAGUUACCAGAUGUUUUCAUCAAGGGAAGGUGUUAAUCCUCACUAAUUUUGAAGCCCCAGAUUGUGCCUUAACAGAAUCGUUAAAUGGAAUUUUGGAAAAGAAAUUUCUUUAAUUAUUGGUGUAGAAUGAAAAAUACCAAAGACACUAAGAUUUUGCUGUGAUUGCAGUUUCAUCUGAUUUUCAUGAAUUAGAUAAAAAAAUCACUCCAGCCUUAAAAAGCAGAUUCUUAAGCUUUUUCUUAGAAUUUCAAGUAACUUAAGAUGAUAUAAUUUAAUUAUUUUAAUCAGUAAAUUUACCAUCUGAUAUAAACUUUGUAAGAGAUAUUACUACCAAAUUAAUGGCAGGGAAUAAUGGUAAGACUUCAUCAAAUUUAGAAACAUAAAUUGAAUAAAUACAAUUGAACAAAAUAAUCAGAUUCUUAAAGCCAAUCAAGGAAAUCUAGAAAUUCGCUGAAGCUCAAUUUAAGAUGAAUUUGUAAUAAAAAGUCAUAGAAUGUAUAGAUUUCUUUAUUGCUUUGAGUUUACAAGAUAAUAAGUCUCUUUUAAGUGAAUAAAUAUAAGUACCUCUUCAUUAUUAGUAAUUAUAAUCAAAAGAUAGUAAGAAAAACAAUUUUGUUGUAACUCCAUCAAGGAAAAUUGUCUCAGAUAUAAUUGCAGUAGCUGUAGCUGCUAAAAUACCUUUGGUUUUAUAGGGAACAGCAGGAGUUGGAAAAACAAAAGUAAUAUCUACAUUUUAAUAAACAUGCAAAUUAUUUGAAUCAACUACUUUUCAUUAUAUAAAUUUGAAUUAAAAUACAGAUGUUAAUGAUCUAAUGGGAUAAUAUGUAUCAUCAUGCAACUAAGAUAAGAAGGAGUUUAUACUAAAAAAAGGCCCAUUGUAUUUAGGAAUGGAGUAAGGUGGAAUAGUGUUAAUAGAUGAAGCAAACCUUUCAGAUGCAAGUUUACUUAACUUUUUAGCAUCUGUAGCAAAGUAUCCUUCAGAAUUUCAAGAUCCUAUUUCAAAUAAAGUUAUAAAGGUUCAUGAAAAUUUUCGAAUCUUUUUCGCAUAGAAUCCUCCCUCUUAUAAUGGUAGGACUGAGCUCCCAAAAACAUUAGCUUCUAAAGUUAUAGUAGUUGAAGUUCCUAAUUAUCCUUAUGAAGAAGUAAUUAAAAUUUGCACAGAAUCACAACUAAGUAAAAAGAAAGAUAGUUAAGAUUGCAUCAAAAAAGGUAUGGAAUAUUUUCUAACCAAAUUAAUACCGUAUCCAAAAGACGGUAAUGAAAAUCUCUUAAAUUUCAAUGGAACCUAAUUUACUUUAAGACAAUUCAUAAGAUUUAGAAAUCGUUUGGAGAAAACAAAUUUUUCCACUAAAUAACCUAAUUGGGAAAACCAAUUACAAUUACAUUAGAUAAUUCUUUUUCCUAAAAAUGCCUCUGAAGAAUAAGAUUUAGAAUGUAAAAUUGAAUAUAAACAAUAAACCAUUAUUUUUUCAAUAAAAAAUCAACAGGCUGAGAUAUCGAUACCAUUUUAACUUGCCAAAAAUUACCAGAAUCAUUAAUCUGCAGAAUAAAAUCUAAACUCUAUUUAAAGAUUAGUCUUAUGUAAAAUAGCAUUUAGUUGUUAUUUUAGAGAAAAUAUUUUAAUUGUGGGGAAAACAUCAUCAAAAACAUACUUAUCCUAACUAUUUGCCUAACUAGUAGAGUUUUAGAAUCCUUAUCCAUUUGAAUUAAUGUACAUCAAUUAAUAAACUGAGAUAACGGACUUAAUUGGGAGUAUGGAAUCUCAUAACCAAGAAUCUUAUGAAAAAUAUUGUUAAAAUUUAAUUAAGAAACUUGAUAAAGAUGAAUAGAAUAUAAAUUAAAAUGAAAUAAAUAUCGAAAGCAGAUUUAAAUAAUUGAAUGAUAAAUAUUAAUAACCUUAGUUCUUUGAUCAAGUUUUCAAAAAUAUUGGUAACUAAUUCCCUUUUAUUGAAAGAGGAUUAACAUUUAAUGCUAGAUUUGGAGGUGUUGUCUGUUUAAAAAACAUAUCCAUGGCAGAUUAAUCAGUUAUAGAGGGAUUGAAUGCAUUAUUGGAAAUAGAGCCACACUUUAUUGUAAAUGGAUAAGAGAUUAAAUUACAUAAUGAAUUUUUUGUAAUAGCAUUAUUAAAUACUAAUUUUGGAGGUUAAUUAAGCGAUGCAUUGUAAUCAAGACUAACAAAAAUCAAAAUAUCAGUUCCAUAACUAAUUAAUUCUACAAAAAUACUAGACAUUUCUUAUUAGAAAUUUAUAUAAAGUAAAAUUAAAAAUUAGGUUGAGAGUGAUCAAAUAAUUAAGUUUGUUUAGGAUGUUUUAAUAAGGACUAAAGAAUUUAAAGGAGUGUACUAUGAAAAUAUAUCUGAUCGUAAAUUCUAUUAAUGGAUGAGUUUUUUGAAUUUGGAUAUAGAUGCUACUCACUUAUAAAAAUUAGCAUUAGGAUUUUAAUUUACUAUUCUGGACAAAUAUAGAAUAACUUUUGAAGAAGUCAUUAAUGAUGCUAAUUACUAGGAACAUUACAAACAAGCUUAAAACAAAAUUUAAGAAAAAUUAAAAGAUAAAUAGUUUUUCAAUUCUCCAAAAAUCAUCAUGAAUCCGUCCACAAUAAAAAUAUUACAAAGAAUAUACUCAGCAAUUACUACAAAUUAUAUACCUUGCCUUAUUGGACCACCAGGAGUUGGAAAAUCUGCAAUUGCUUCAGAAUUUGCCACUAUAAUUAAAAAGGAACACUGUAGAGUUUGUUGUUCGGAUUCUUUAAGCGUUGAAGAUCUAUUUGGGUCUUAUGCUCCAAAGAUUGACAAUGAUCAAAUAGCAUUUACAUUUCAAGAAGGAUAUCUAGCUUAAGCAUUAUCACAGAAGAGCUUAAUAUUAUUCGAUGAAGUUAAUUUAGCAUCUCCUGAAGUUUUAAGUACACUUUAGGCUUUAUUUAACACAGAUGAAAAGGAGAUUAGAAUAAAAGAUAGUAGAUUAAAUAAAGAUAAAUGUGUAUUUUUAUGCUCAAUGAAUCCCACUUCAUAUGAAGGGAGAAAAGACUUACCUUUAUGUAUUUCGAAUUUAUUGUGUGAUGUUUAUAUUGAAGCAUUCAGCAUAGAUUAAGUUUUAGAUAUAUUUUAAUAGAGAUAUAAAAAUGAAAUUAAACAUUUAUAAAAUAAUGGAGUUAAUUUUUAAUUGAUGUUGGAUUUACACAAAGAGCUUGCUUUAUUGGCAUAAUAAAAAAUGCAAUCGAAUUAUGACUUUAAUAUUAGAUUUUUGGAGAAUCUAUUGUAACUUUUCAGCUAAUAAAUUUUGGAGUAGAGAUAAAAAUUAAAUGAUGAAAAACUUUAAUUAGAAUUAAUAAUUGUUUGUUUAGAUAUGAUAUAUGUAUAGCACUUUUAUAAAACGGAGUUUAGUAAAUAAGUGAUAAAAAUAAUCUUAGAUAAGUUUGGUUUAAGUGAAGAAGAAUGGAUCAAUAGAAGAGUCUUUUUAGAGCAAAAUGCAAACAUUAUAAGAAUAAGCAGAUAAAUUGAAAAAGAUUUUAAACCACUAUUCAAUUUUAUCCUAUCAAAUUAAGUACCUCCUUAAAUUUCCAAUAAUUCAUUAGUUAUAAACUUAUAAAAUUCAGGCAUUUUUGAAAAGCUGUUUAUAGCUAUUCAUUCAAAGAAAGUAAUAUUAUGUUAAGGAGAUGUCUCAUCAGGAAAAACUUCCUGCAUUAUCAAAUUGGCUAAUCUUUUAAACCAAAGAUUUAUUCUACUGCCAAUCCAUUGCGAUUUAGAAACUGAUGAUUUACUUGGGAAUUUCGCUUUAGUUGACCCUAAUUACGAUGAAAUUUAAUAAGAAUUAGAGAGGAUUGCUUUGAAAUAAAGAUAGAAAUUUAUAAAUAAUAAAAAAUAAAAAUAGGGGAUGAAUAUGAAAUAUAUCGAAGGAGUAUUAAAAGUUUGUUGUAAAUUUGGAUAUUGGUUAAUUUUAGACAAUAUUAAUUUAGCAAGAGCUGAAAUAGUUGAACGAUUGAAUUCUUUGGGAGAAGAUUCACCUCGCUUAUUUAAUAAUGAGUUUGGAGACUCGAAUUCCUGUAUCAUUCCUCAUAAGAAUUUUCGUUUAAUAUGUAUAUAAAAUCCCUCCAGAGAGGACUAACAUAUAUUAUCUCCUGCCUUUUAUAAUCGAUGUAUUAAAAUUAACUUUUCAAUUGAUAUUGCUGAUAAUUAUAUAGAUGUUAUUGAAAUUUUGACUAGAAGUGGUUUGGGAUAGUAGCUUUAAUUAGAAGAUACUGUUAUUUUGGCAAGUAAUAUAUUGAACUAAAUAAUCUUUAUUUAGGAAUAAUCUAAGUGUUUAAUUAAUCUAAGGAGUAUUAUCAAAGCUUUUAGGAUGAUUUAAGAAAACGGAUUAAAAUAUUAUGAUUAAACAAUGGAGAUCCUUUUCGGAUCAGACUUUAAGGAAUGUAAAAAUCAUCCUGAUUUUCCAAUUUUUGAUUUCAAUCAUCAACUUCAAGUUGAUUAAAUUAUUGAAAAAUAUAAUGAUACAAUCUUAAAUAAAUUAGUGUCUAAUUCCUUUUAAAUUGUUAACCACGACUAAACUAAAAGAUGGUUGGAUUUAAAAAACUUAAGUUAAUUUUUAAAAAAAUAAUUGUCAAAUAAUGAUAUUUAAAAUUAUUAGAGUUUUAUUGAGGGUAUCAGUAGAUAAAUAUUGCUGGUAAAUUUUUAAACAGAAAACUAAUAUGACUUAGGUUGUUAUGAAAUUCAAGUAAAUGGAGAGUUAAUUAUUUAAUUAUGUUAGGAAACUCUGAAGAUUGAACCUACUUUCUUGUCUUUAUACAUUAAAGGCAAAGAAUUGUUAAAAUUUAUAAUGAAGUCAAAAUGUUAAUUUUAGGGAUAUACGUUUUUAGCUGAAGCAAGAUUGAAUCCUGGAGGUUAAUUGUAAAUUUAAUAUUAAUAAUCUAAUGAUUUAUCUUUGGUUCCUUUGAUUAAAUCCCUUAUCGGGCCAUCUUAAGAAUAAUUUUUUAAGACUUUUAAACACCUUUUAUCAAAAUCAGACAUGGAAUGUUUAUUGCUCCUAAAUCAAGAUUUAGAAAUCAUUUUAAAUUUCAGUUUAAAUGACUACAACUUUCCUAAUAUCAAUUUGAAAUUAAAAGAUAUAUCUGGAAAAUUUGCCUCAAAUAAGGAAAAUAUCAUUACUUAAUUUUAACUAAGUUGUGAUCUGCAUCUUGAAUUAAAUUAUUAUUUUAUCAAACAAGGAUAUUUUGGUAGAAUAAAUGAUUUAAUUUCAAAUAGAGGAGAAAUAUGUAUUCCAUAAUAAAAUUUAGUUAAUAUUUUUUUGGAAUCUGGUUGUUUUAGUUUAAUUUCUAAUAUUGAUGUUACUUUUUGUGAAAAUUUUGUACCAUAUAUCGAUUUUGAAGAAAGAAGGGUAGAAAUACAACUUAGAUGUGAAAAACCAAUUUAAAUUUAUAAGUUACCAUUUUGGAUUAAAAUUAAUAAAAUAGUUACAAAUAUCGAACUAAAAUAACCAAUUGCUUUAAAUGGAAGUAUUGAAUUUGCAUUUCAGUUUCUAGAUUAAGAUAUUGGUAUUUUAUUUGGAAUAAUUCAAAAAAACUCAAUGAUAUUCUAAUUAACUGAAUAAUUGCCUCAAGGAUAACACUAAAUUUAUUAUGAUAAAAUAAUUUAAAAAUUUUUCUAGAAUUAUUUUGAAAACAACAAUAUUUUUCUAUCUUAGUUAUCAAAAAGUAAAGCUACAACAUUAAAGAAACUUGAUAUUAUCACUGAUGGAAUUUAUUGGAAUUUUUAAAUAAUUAUUGAGUUUGUUUGGAAUAUUGAAAUUUUUGAGAAAAUAAAUUUCUAAAUAAAAAGUAUGCAAAUAUAUUCCCACAUUGAUUCCAAAAUUGCAUCAUUUACAAUAGGUUUCACUGUUGAAAUUCUUACGCUUAUAAUUGAAGUAGAAUUAGAGUUUGAUUUUUUGAGAUUGUUUUGCAAAGAUUUAGGAAAGUGUCUAACUAUGAAAUUAAAAAAAGGGAUGAACUCCCCAAAAUUAAAACAUAUUAUUUCUGCUUUUUCAAGUGAUUUGGAAAAGAAGUUAUCAUAAGUGAAAGGGUUUGAUGAAAUUGAAACAAUAAAAUUUGAAUAAGAGAAUUUUGAAUCAUUUUUAAAUUUGGAUUAAUUUGAAAAAUUAGGAAAAGAACUUUAAUAGUUAUUUUAAAUGCAAGAACAUAAAAUGCAAUCUCAAGGUUAUAAUUUUGAAGAGGCAAAAUCAAAAUAAAAAAAAUUUUAAACUGAUUUAGAUAAAAAAAUAGCAUAAAAUUUAAAAUAAAAGUAAGAUGAAAAAAUAGCUUAAGAGUUAGAAUAAAAGUAAGAAGCAAAGGAUAAAAAAAAUUAGAAUUAAGAGCAAACUUACGAAUCAAUGAUAAUUUGGGAUAAUUCAGUUUGGUUGAAAUUUAGUGUAGGUCUAUUGAGUCGACGGAAAAUAUCUGAAUUUUUAACUCUUUGUGACUGCUAUUUAACAAUUUUUGGAUCUGAUAAAGGAUUUUGGCUUAUUUUGAAAGGAUUAAUAACAUUAAAAGGAUUUCCUCUAAAUACCUUUGAACUUUAGUUAACUCCUACAGGAUCGCUAAAUUUAGAAAUAGAAGAUAAAUCUUUACAAAUGUCAAUCGAUCCUUUCAAAUUAGGUUUUGGUUUGCUUGGACGUUAAUUUGAAGGAAUAGAUAUAUUUCCAAGAGUAAAUCAUAUUGCAUACUUUAAUUACAAUAUUAUAUCUUAAGAAUUUGAAGGUGAUUUAAAUGUUGUGAAAGAAGAUAUUAUAAACAAGUACACUGGCUUAACUUUUGAAAAAAUACAAUUAACAUUUUAAUAAUCCGAGAAACGAAAUGAAGGUUAUGCUGAUUUAAAAGUAAAAUUGCUGUUUUUUCAGCAGGAAGUUGAUUUUCUUUUAAAAUUUUAAGACUAUCUAAGUUAAGAAUCAAAUCCAAAUUAUUAGCUAAAUUUUCAUUCUUUUAUAAUCGAGAAGUUUAGUCUGAAUUAAUUCAUAAAUAAUAGUGUAGGAAUAGAUAUUAUUGAAAAGGAUGCAAAGUUUGAGGUUCAGGAUUUUUCUUUUUCUUUAUUAUUAGAAAAGCAUUAAGAGUGGGAAUAUAUAAUCAAAUUAUUUAUAGCAAAUAGUUAAUGUAAAAUUUUUAAUUUAGUAAACCUCUAAGAAUUAAAUGGAUAUCUAGUUUAUAGGAAAAAUAGUUGGUAAGAAACUUGUUUAUCAGGAAUAUGUAGAAUAGGUUAAUUCCUUUUAGGUUCCUUUGACCUCAUGUUCAGUUAAAGUUGGAAAGAAUUCUAUUGUAAAUUCUAAUUAGCUUCUAAUUUUAGUAUGAAAUAAUUUUUUUUGGCUGUUUUUAAUAAAGAAAUAGACAUUGUAUUUGCUAGGAAAAUAAAUUAUGAUGAUUUAAAUGUUGAUCUGAUAUUGAGGAAUCGUAAUACCUCAUUUAAACUUUCAUAUGGAGUAUCUACUUAUCCUUUGACAAAUGCUUUAACAUUGGAUAAUAUUGAAUUAACUUUUGAGAUAAGUGAUGAUACUAAACUUGAGAAAACUUCAUAUUUGUCGUUUGAAUUGAAUUUAUUUUCUCAUAAUGAUUUUAGAACAGAAUUCCAAAUAGAUCUAUUAGAGAAAACAAAAAAAUUUGAAUUUAAUUUUAAUUUAGAACAAAAUUUACUUAAAUUUCUAGAAAUUUUGAAUUCUUAUUAUGACUUUAAGUUACCUAUAUUUUCUAGUGAUUUUUAAAAAAAAUAUUUGGAUCUUUUAUGUACAUUAAAACUUAGCAAGACAUAUUAAUUUUAGAGUUUACUCCUUGAAUGUAAGGAAAAUUUAUCCAUCAGAAAUGGUAUCGCAUAAUUUAAAUAAAUUACUCUAAAAUUGGAAAUCAAUUCAAAAUCAACAAAAUUAAACAUGUAAUUUGAUGUAAAUAUUUUUGAAAUUCCAUUUACUCUUUAAUAUGACUAAGGAGAAAAAAAAUUCAAAUUUUGUAAGAUGUAGGACAAGAUAAUGCUAAGAGGAAUAGAAAUAUUUUCUUACAUUUAGAAAAAAGAUGGAGUUCAUUUAACAGAAUGUGAGGAAUAUGAAAGAUAUGCAAGAUUUAACAUUCUGAGUGAACAACUAAUAAUAACUGACUUAAUUAUUCAAAAGGACAAAAUAUUUGUUAAACUAACAGAAUCAUCUCGUAAUAUCAAUCUUUAUUUAAGUGUUAAUAAUUAUCCAGCUAUUUUCUAAUAUUCAUUUGAUAAUAAUAGUAAGUUUAAGUAUAUAUUUAAAUAUUUAAGUGAAUUUGAUUAUGCUUUUAAAUUAAAAAAAGCAGAUUGCUUACUUAUAUAUACUAAUAAAAAUGGAAAUGUUAUUUUCAAGGAAUUGUAGGAAAAUACAAAUUAUGUAAAUUACUUGAAACUUAUUGAAAAGGGAGAAAUAAAUAAGCAAGAAUUAAGUUGGUUUGCGAAUUGUACUGCACAAGUAAAAUAAGAGAUCAAAAAUAAUUUUUUUUUUCUACCAUAAGAAUUCGAUUUAUAAAUUUAAUAUUAGAAUCUAAAAGUUCUUCAGGCUCAAAGUCCAGUACUUUCCUUUGAAAAUACAAAUAUUAAAUGUUCACUUCAAGUGAAAUCAGAAGCUCUUCCAAGUUAUAAAAUUUAUCUUGAAUUGACAUAAUUUUAUAAAGAUUUUGGAAGCCUAACAUAUAAAGGUUAUAUUUAGAUUGGGUAAGAAUCAUAAGAAGAUCAUUUUGAGCUUGUUUAUAAUAAGGCUUUUCGAAUAAUUAGGUUGAGUUUAAAGGGAAAAUGUUAAUUUAGAGUAAAAAAUUAUUAGAUAACUGAAUUUUUAGGAAAUUUAACUGGGGAAAUAGACGAAAGUAAGGUAAAUCUCAUUCUUUUUAAUUAUUAUCAUUUUAUUCCUAAGGCAUGGGUUGUUGAAAUUUCAAACUCAAAUCUAUACAGCUCUAUGGCUAUAUUCGACAUGGCUAAAAGUUUUCCAGCAACUCUUUUUGAAUUCUUUAUGAAAACAGAAAGAAUAUUUUUUUUUUACGGGGAGAUUGAUUUAGAUCGGAGUAAUCCAAAGUUUCCUGAAGAAAUAAUGCGCAAGUUAAAGGAUACUAAGUUUCAUACACUUUUGUAAAAAUUUGAUAAAUUAAAUUUUUCCAAUUUUAAAAUUGAAUUAUAGGAUUUAGAGGAAACUCCAUUAUCGUGGAAAAAAUAUAAACCUGUUUUCAUAUUUGUAGAAGACUUAGAAGAAAAAUUACAUUUUGCUACAUCUAGUUCUCUAUUUUUCAACAAUGGAGAUAUAUAUACUGGAAAAGGUUGGGGUAAAUUUAGCAUAAGUGGUUUUGAAUUUGAAAUGAGUUUAGAUUACAAUAUUGAUGUAAAAAAUGAUUGCUUUGAUUCAACAGCAGAAGUAUAUUCUAAAUUCUUUGGGUUUUCUUUUACUACAUGCACAGCAUUGAUAUUAGGGUAAGGUUUUUCUUUAUUUCAUGUUAUCUAAUGGGAAAAAUUCUAAUUGAAUCUAAGUUUAGAUCUGUAACUAAUUAGACCUAGAAUAAAAGGAACUUUGGAAUUAGAUAUAGGUUCCCUUUUCGAUUUAAAUUUUAAAUGGAUUCAGUUCAAAUAUGUAGGAUUUGAAAUUAUUGGCGAUUAUUUAUAUGGAACAGCUGUACAUUGUAUAAUUUCAUUUUCAUUUUGUUAAAAAGGAGAGCAUCGUGUUAGGAAGCCAAUUUCUUGGAAUGAGUAAUAAAUUUUUAAUGUAUUAAAUCUAGUAAGAGAGACUUAUGUAAAAUUUAUGGAAAACAUAUGUGAGAAAGCAAUGGUUAUUUUUGGUUUUAAAAAAAUAUUAUUUGAUGCCGGAUUUUUGUUGAAGCUUGAUGAUUAUGUAGUUAAAAAAGUGAUUUGCAACUAAUAAAAAGAAAUUAAGGAGCUAAUGAAAGAAAUUGAUAUUGACGUUUCUGGUGAUAUUGCAAAAAUACAAGAUGAAGUCGAAAAAUAUGAAAAAGAAAAAAAAGAAGAAGAUGAAAAAGAAAUAGAAAAAAUGAAAUAAAAAAUCUUAAACUAGAGAGAAUGCCAAAAAGUUUAAAAAGAUGAAAAUAAGAAAUCUAAAGAAGACAAAUAAGAAUCAAACGAAAAGUAACAUAAAUAAAAUAAAAAUUAAUAAGAAUAUGAAUAGGAUGGGAGUGAAAAUAAUUAAAUAAAAAAAAAUUAAAAUAAGUCCAAAUAAUAUAAUCAAGACCAAAGAAAAGAUGAAAAUGAAAGAAAAUAGAAGGAAUCGGAAAAAGUAUAUAAGAAUGGAAAUUAUAAUGAAAAUAACAAAUAAGAUUGUAGAUAAGAUAUAAAUAAAAAUUCAGAAUAGUAGGAAAAAAGUAAAGAUAACAAUUAAUAAAAAUAAUAAGAACAAUAAAAAUCGAAUAAAACAAAAGAUUAAAAUACAAAUUCAUCAUCUAUUAAUAAUGGACAAUAGACAUCAUCAUCAUCAAAUACUAAUAAUGGAUAAUAGUCAUCAUCAUCAUCAAAUACUAAUAAUGGAUAAUAGACAUCAUCAUCAUCAAAUACUAAUAAUGGAUAAUAGACAUCAUCAUCAUCAAAUACUAAUAAUGGAUAAUAGACAUCAUCAUCAUCAAAUACUAAUAAUGGAUAAUAGACAUCAUCAUCAUCAAAUACUAAUAAUGGAUAAUAGACAUCAUCAUCAUCAAAUACUAAUAAUGGAUAAUAGACAUCAUCAUCAUCAAAUACUAAUAAUGGAUAAUAGACAUCAUCAUCAUCAAAUACUAAUAAUGGAUAAUAGACAUCAUCAUCAUCAAAUACUAAUAAUGGAUAAUAGACAUCAUCAUCAUCAAAUACUAAUAAUGGAUAAUAGACAUCAUCAUCAUCAAAUACUAAUAAUGGAUAAUAGACAUCAUCAUCAUCAAAUACUAAUAAUGGAUAAUAGACAUCAUCAUCAUCAAAUACUAAUAAUGGAUAAUAGACAUCAUCAUCAUCAAAUACUAAUAAUGGAUAAUAGACAUCAUCAUCAUCAAAUACUAAUAAUGGAUAAUAGACAUCAUCAUCAUCAAAUACUAAUAAUGGAUAAUAGACAUCAUCAUCAUCAAAUACUAAUAAUGGAUAAUAGACAUCAUCAUCAUCAAAUACUAAUAAUGGAUAAUAGACAUCAUCAUCAUCAAAUACUAAUAAUGGAUAAUAGACAUCAUCAUCAUCAAAUACUAAUAAUGGAUAAUAGACAUCAUCAUCAUCAAAUACUAAUAAUGGAUAAUAGACAUCAUCAUCAUCAAAUACUAAUAAUGGAUAAUAGACAUCAUCAUCAUCAAAUACUAAUAAUGGAUAAUAGACAUCAUCAUCAUCAAAUACUAAUAAUGGAUAAUAGACAUCAUCAUCAUCAAAUACUAAUAAUGGAUAAUAGACAUCAUCAUCAUCAAAUACUAAUAAUGGAUAAUAGACAUCAUCAUCAUCAAAUACUAAUAAUGGAUAAUAGACAUCAUCAUCAUCAAAUACUAAUAAUGGAUAAUAGACAUCAUCAUCAUCAAAUACUAAUAAUGGAUAAUAGACAUCAUCAUCAUCAAAUACUAAUAAUGGAUAAUAGACAUCAUCAUCAUCAAAUACUAAUAAUGGAUAAUAGACAUCAUCAUCAUCAAAUACUAAUAAUGGAUAAUAGACAUCAUCAUCAUCAAAUACUAAUAAUGGAUAAUAGACAUCAUCAUCAUCAAAUACUAAUAAUGGAUAAUAGACAUCAUCAUCAUCAAAUACUAAUAAUGGAUAAUAGACAUCAUCAUCAUCAAAUACUAAUAAUGGAUAAUAGACAUCAUCAUCAUCAAAUACUAAUAAUGGAUAAUAGACAUCAUCAUCAUCAAAUACUAAUAAUGGAUAAUAGACAUCAUCAUCAUCAAAUACUAAUAAUGGAUAAUAGACAUCAUCAUCAUCAAAUACUAAUAAUGGAUAAUAGACAUCAUCAUCAUCAAAUACUAAUAAUGGAUAAUAGACAUCAUCAUCAUCCAAUACUAAUAAUGGAUAAUAGAUAUCAUCAUCAUCAAAUACUAAUAAUGGAUAAUAGUCAUCAUCAUCAUCAAAUACUAAUAUUGGAUAAUAGACAUCAUCAUCAUCAAAUACUAAUAAUGGAUAAUAGAUAUCAUCAUCAUCAAAUACUAUUAAUGGAUAAUAGAUAUCAUCAUCAUCAAAUACUAAUAAUGGAUAAUAUACAAUAUCAUUAUUAUCUAAUACUCAUAUUGUAUAAUAGACAUCAAUAGAAUUAAAUACUCAACACAAACAAGAGUUACUAUAAUCAUAAAUUACUAAUACUGACUAUUAAACAUAACCAUUCACAAACAUUAAUCCUUCAUAAUUAAUAAAUCAACAAUCCAUUUCUAGUACUGAAUAGUAAUAAAUAAACAUAUAUACAACUUCUACUAGUUCGUAUAAUUAAACAGAUUACAAUCCAAAUGUUAAUUUAUAACAAAACCAAAAACUAUUAAACCCAAUUACUUUAAAUAUGAAUAGUAUUAAAAAAUAUUUUUUUGAGGAUUAUUUGGAUUCAAAUAUUUAUUUAAAAACCAAAGUCACCAAAUCUAAUAGUAAAAUUAAUAAUAAUUAAUCAACUUAAAAAUCAAAAUAACAAUCAGAGGUUAAUACAAACAAAAACUUCACUGAUUAUAAUAAAUUAAUGAUUUAAGCAGAGUAAAAACUUUAUUAAGAAUGGUUGGAUUCCCAAGAAACCUUGAAUAUGAUAAAAAAAUUUACUUUUAGAAUUAUAAUUACAGAGUAAUAAUUAUAGGAGCAGUAUUUGUAACAUUUUGGAUUAUUGUUAUUGCAGUUCUCUUUUCUUAAUAUGGCUUAUGAUAUUAUUUUAUCAGGAUAGUUCAAAGCGAUAUUUUUAAAACAAAAAAAUGAUUAUUUAACUGUAAAUCUACUAGAUUCAAUUUUGCAUGCAGUAAAUGGCAAAUGCAAUAAAGAUUUUAUAGAGGUUGAUGAACAAAUUAAGCAUGACAAUGAUUUUCUAUUAUUAUUUACAAAAUAGUUAUUGGAAAUGUCAAAUAAAUGUAAAAUGGAGUUAUUAGAUGAAGGUUUUACUUCAAUUAUUCAAAUAUAGGACGAAUUUAAUUAUAAUAUUAUCAACAUUCAAAAUGGUCAAACAAUCAGUAAUUCAAAAAAUUUAAUAGAAUUGUUAAAUCAUAUUGUAGAGAAUUAAAAAGUAAAGACAGAAAAAAUAGUCUAAAAAUUGUUGGAUGAGGCACAAGAAAUUAAACAAACUUCUGAAUUUGAAUCUUAACUUGAUUCUAAAGAAGCAAAUGAUAUUAAGGCAUUGCUGGAAGUAAGUAAAUUUACUAAAUAUUCUUUAUCUUCAAAAGGAACUACAAUAGAUAUAAAAGGCAUCAUUAAAUUUUUUUGCACUAAUGGAACUGCUAGGGAUAUAAUGAGGAAGAAAAAUAAAGGAGGAAAGUCUUUUUAUCUUUUUUAGAUUGUUUUAGAUUUAAGUUAGAUUGAAAAGGAAACUCUAUAAUAAAUUCUAUUACCAUUUUUAUUUUAAUUUAUCGAAAUAUGUAAGCAAUGUUCACUUGUAUGCAAUUUAAUGAUUUUAAAUCAUACUUAAAAUAUUAUCAAGUAAAAUUUUUCUACUUCCUGGACUGAUUAGGAAUAAACUUUAUUAAUAUAAAGCCUAAUUGAUUAAUGUAAUGAGGUGCCAUCAAAUGAUGAUCACAAUAAAUUUUAGUUAGUACUUGAUCAAUUUGAAAGAUUUAGCCAAUAUAAAAAAUAUUUGAUUUUUAUUAAUCACUCUUUUUACAACUAUCCAUUCCAUAAACUUUAAAUACAACUAAAUAUGAUUUAGCAAAUGCAAAUAAAAGUAGUUUCGUUGGGACUUGAUAUAAAAAAAUAUAUCAAUCGUUCAAUAGAUGGUGUUAUUCAAUAUCCCCUCAUUCAAUCAAAUAAUGCAAAUCUAAUUAUAACAAAUUUGUUGUAGAAAGUUUAUGAGGCUGUAAAUGUUGAUGGGGCCUUUGAGUUCUUUGAAAAUAUUGAAAAAUAUCCAAAGACACUUGAUCUUUAGGAAAUUUCUUCAGAAGAUAACUAAAGUAAUUGUUAUUUGAAUAAAUAUUUCAAUUAUGUAAAAUUUGAAGAUUCCGAUAACGAUUCCGAUAACGAUUCCGAUAAAGACUAAUAAUUGAUUAAACUAAACAAAUUAGAUUUGUUGUUAAACUUGCUAGUUAAGUUGAAAGAACUAUAAGAUUGUCUUAUAAAAUAAUAGAGCGAUUCUGUGAAAUAAUUGGAUUAGAAUGCAUGA